GUAUAAGAAAGAGUGACUUUUAUAUUUAAAAUGUCAAAUUCGCGUGUCAUUAAAUAAACUAAUUUUAUAAAAUAAUUUUUUAAUCAAUAAUAAUUAAAAUGUUGGUGCCAACAUGCAUAAUAAAAUUAAUUGAAUUGAUGUUGACGAUAGCCUGUCUAACGUUACACCACUACAGCUAUGACAUGACAGACAUACCAACUUUAAUGUUGUGUUCAGGCACCUACGUGGGCUAUGUUGUUGUACUCUCGGGUGAAAUUGUCGGAGAAAUGAUUUUCGCGCCGUUAGAUCUAGUUCAGGAUAUGUAUUUCGGGAUGCUGGGUGUCGGAUUGUUCUCUGUGAGCGGUGGUCUUGUACUGUCUUCGAGGACGAGAACUGUUGCUCAUCCCAAGACUGGAGAUCCUAACGCGGCCAUGUUAAUGGGCUCGCUGUCUGUGUUGAAUGCAUUCGUGCUGCUGUUUGAUUUGAGCCUGGCGUAUUUGGACAGCGAACAGUUUGAUGAGGAAGCUAGCGUGUGAUGGGGAAGCAGUGUCAGCGGCGGCCGAUGCCUACGUCGACGCGUGGUGGUCAGGGGUCGGGGCUGUUCUGUUUGGUGCCUGUGGUGCUCUCACA